CUUCUGGGAUGGCGACGACAACGAGACGAGAUUCGCGGACGAAGAAAAUAUCACUGGGAGUUGGUGGUGCUUUCGUGGAGUUGCCAGCGGAAAGAGUAGGUUGGGCGAAUCCCAUUGAGUUUGUUCUAUCCUGCAUCGGAUAUGCCGUUGGGAUCGGCAAUGUUUGGCGUUUCCCCUUCCUCGUGUAUCGUAAUGGCGGAGGUGCUUUUCUGAUUCCAUUUAUCCUCAUGCUGAUCACAAUGGGCCUGCCGAUUUUUUACUUGGAGCUGUCUAUCGGCCAGUACUCGGGGUUGGGACCGGUGGAGGCAUACGGCCGGAUGUGCCCUGGCUUCCGUGGAAUCGGCAUGUGCACUAUGAUUGUCGUAGCCCUAGUAACUGUGUAUUACAUGGUUCUAGUUGCAUGGACCAUGUUCUACACAUUUGCAUCCUUCUCACCGCGCCUCCAUUGGGCUUAUUGCAACAACGACUUCAAUACACCCAAUUGCUGGAGUGCUCUGGACAACGAGGAGUGCCAGUCAAAGAAUUCUAGCUUGAUAUUCUUCAAUAAGACGUGCUCGGCAAUAUCAGACGUAUGUCAGAGGCUCAAUUGUCCUGAUGGUGGCAAUACAACUCACUGCUACAAUGGAACUCAGGUUCUUCCAAUGCGCUCUCUGUACAAACAAGUUUUAUCCUCCGAGGAGUAUUACAAUGAUUACGUACUUGGUAUACGAGGGGCGACUUGGGAGAAUUGGGGCGGAAUAAGAUGGGAGCUCUUGGGAUGUCUGACACUUGCCUGGAUUAUUUGCUACUUGUGUCUUAUACGAGGCGUCCAAUCUGUCGGAAAGAUCGUAUAUUUUACUGCCCUAUUUCCGUAUUUUGUAUUGAUUGCGCUCUUUAUAAGAGGUGUGACACUCGAUGGAGCUGGUGAUGGUGCCCUGUGGUUCAUAACACCAAACUGGUCAACACUUCUCAAUGCCAACGUCUGGGGUGAUGCAGCAUCACAAAUAUUCUACUCUCUGGGGAUUGGCUGUGGAUCUCUCAUCACAUUAUCUAGUUUCAGUACAUUCUCCAAUAAUUGUCACAGGGAUGCCAUAUUCGUAUCGCUCACCAAUGUAUUCACCUCGGUAUUCGCGGGAUUCGUUAUUUUCUCGAUCAUGGGGUACUUGGCCAAGCAGAUGAACAUCCCCAUCGAGGAAGUCGUCAAAAGUGGUCCUGGACUCGCUUUUAUCGCUUAUCCAGAGGCUGUUGUCAGAAUGCCCUGGCCCAAUCUUUGGGCAUUUCUCUUCUUCUUUAUGCUUUUUAUCCUAGGAAUUGGAAGCCAGUUUGCAGGAGUUCAGGCGAUAAACACAGCAAUACUGGACGUACGUCCAAGCCUCCGUAAGCACGAGAGUCUACUGAUCCUGUUUAUAUGCGUCUGUGGAUGGCUUUUAGCACUGCCGAUGAUCUUUGAUGGUGGAAUAUACAUGUACACCCUGAUGGACUGGAACACAGCAUCUUGGGCGAUACUGCUGAUUGGAUUUGCCGAAGUUAUAGUUCCAGCCUGGAUAUAUGGUUGUGAUAAAUUUCUGGGUAAUCUAGGCGAGAUGAAUAUGAAAUUUGGAAAAAUUUUAAAUCGAUACUGGUGGCUCAGCUGGACUGUACUUGCACCAAUUACAACACUUGGAGUCUUCACUUAUCAGAUGAUAACGUACACAUCGCCGACGUACGGAGAGUACAUUUUCCCGUCAUGGGCAAAUACCAUCGGAAUUCUGAUUGGCCUAUCAACACUGGCACCUCUUCCCCUAUUUUUUAUCCACAGCCUCUGGAAAGGACCGAGAGACUGCAGUUUAUUCCGUCCAUCGAAGAGCUGGGGACCGUCGUUGAAAACCUAGUGGUGAAAUUCAAGUGGAAAUGGCCCCUUCCAGUCCGCUACGUCACUACCUCUCCUCUUUUAUUCACUU